GUUGCAGGUAUAGUGCAAGGCGCAGACGCAAUCUACUGUUUACAAGGAGGUAUAUAAAUAGGCGACAGCACGUUUGUGGCAUCGCAGUUAAAAACAGAGACCACAGGAAAGAAGUAACACCCAAACACCGAUUUCCAAUAAUGAUGGCCGGAUACGCAGCUGUCACUUUAUCUUACCUAUUCGCUGGUGUACUAAUCAUGUUCGGCGUUUCAGGUUCGAAGUUGGUGGAGCUCGAACCUAUUAACAGCGGACCAACUGUGGCUCCGUUAGGUUGCCAUCGUCGCUUGUAUACGUACAAAGUGACGCAAACCGAUAUUCAAGGGAACGAGUGCUGGGACUAUGUCAGUGUUUGGUCGUGCUGGGGACGAUGUGACUCUAGCGAGAUUUCAGACUGGAAGUUCCCAUACAAGCGCUCGUUUCAUCCGGUCUGUGUUCAUGCUAAGCGGCAGCCGGCUGUGGCUAUCCUUAAGAACUGUCAUUCCGAAGCAGACGAGAGCAUCAGCAAGUACCACUACAUGGAGGCGGUGAACUGCCAUUGCCAGACGUGUUCCACACAGGACACCAGCUGUGAGGCACCGGCAAAUACCGUGAUGGAUGGUGGCAGCAAAGCCAUCAUCAUAGGUGCGCACUCAGAGGACUUGGACUAUUAGACACAUAUACUAUUUGAUGUGAGCACUGGGUGGCGCUUUGUGUUUUCUUACUCAGUUAAAAUAAAUAUAUUUUAAUUUAAUUUUACAGCUUAUGCGACGUAAUGAACAUUUACCACUAAAAUAAAACAUUAGCAACUAUAAUCGCUUUUGUUUUCAUUUCAUUUUAAUUAAGAGUUCGUAUAUCGAAAAAAUACUAUUGAUUUUAAAGUAUUGAUGGUAUGCUUUUGAAAUGUU